CCAGCCAGAGAGGGUGGAGAACGGACAUAUCAGUAUUGGCCCUUCUCUACUAGUGAUCUGUACAACUGGAAAACCCAGACUCCCUCAUUUUCUGAAAAACCACAGGGUCUUAUUGAUCUCUUAGAGUCUAUCCUUUUCACUCACAAUCCCACUUGGGAUGAUUGUCAGCAACUGUUACAGGUGCUUUUCACAACAGAGGAGCGCUAACGGAUCCUGUCAGAAGCUUGGAAAAAUGUGCCAGGGGUGGAUGGGAGGCCCACGAUACAGCCUAACCUUAUUGAGGAAGGGUUCCCCUUGGUGCGACUCAGCUGGGACUUCGAACGCGCUGAAGGUAGGGAGCGUCUCCGAGUGUACCGCCAGACUCUUACGGCCGGCCUUAGAGCAGCCACCAGGAAGCCAACAAAUUUGGCCAAAAUAAAUUCAGUGAGGCAGGAGCCAAAUGAAAGCCCAGCAGCCUUCCUUGAAAGGAUAAUGGAAGCUUUUAGACAGUAUACCCCUAUGGACCCACUGGCCGAUGAGUCACGAGCGGCAGUUAUGUUAGCAUUUGUAAAUCAAGCAGCCCCCGAUAUUAGAAGAAAGUUACAAAAGAUAGAGAGGUUAAGUGAACAAUCCUUGCAGGAUCUAGUGAGGGCAGCCGAGAGAGUUUUUAACCAUAGGGAGACCCCAGAGGAGAGAGAGAACUGCAUUAGAUGGAAAGAAAGAGAAUUUAGAGCUGAAGAAAACCGUAAAAAUCAAAAGGAACUGGUCCAGAUAUUUUUUGCAGGGAUUGAAAACAAGAACAGGUCCCCAAAAGGGAAAAAGAUGGACUCAAAAAUUGAAGAAAAAACAACAAGGCGUAAGCUUGAGAAAAACCAAUGUGCGUUUUGUAAAGAGUUUGGACAUUGGAAAGACAAAUGCCCCAAGAAAAAUCUGAAAGAGAGGCCCAGGACCCCCAAGAACGAGCCUCCUUCUCCAGAAAGUCAUAUCCUCUACGCGGGUGAGGAUAGCGACUAGGGGGGUCAGGGCUCGAUGCCCCUCCCUGAGUCUUGGGUAACCAUAAAUGUGGAGGGGAAACCGGUUGGCUUCAUGGUGGACACGGGAGCCCAAUACUCAGUCUUAAACCAAAAAGAUGGACCUAUGUCUAAAAAUAGUAGCUGGGUACAGGGAGCAACCGGGACUAAACGAUAUGGAUGGACUACAAAACAGCAUGUGAACUUGGGGGCCCACCAGGUAACCCACUCUUUUUUGUGUCCAGCGCCCUUGCUAGGAAGAGAUUUACUGUCUAAGGUGAAUGCCCAAAUUCAUUUCGACCACGGACAAGUGUCGGUCUUAGAUGGGACCGGGCAUCCUCUUCAGGUCCUGUCUCUGGCAUUGAAAGAUGAAUACAGACUAUAUUUGCCAGAGGCACCAGCGACAAUAAGCCCCGAAGUACAACCAUGGGUUCAAAGUUACCCUCAGGCCUGGGCUGAAACAGCAGGAAUGGGACUAGCCAAACAGAGGCCCCCUAUUGUUGUGGAACUAAAGGCCAAUGCUUCCCCGGUGAGGUUACGGCACUAUCCCAUGAGUCAAGAGGCUCGACAAGUAAUCAUGCCUCAUAUACAACGCCUCAUAGAUGCAGGGAUCCUAAAAAGAUGCCAGUACCCAUGGAACACUCCUCUGUUGCCUGUGAGAAAGCCUGGGGGAACGGAUUUUAGACCGGUUCAAGAUCUGCGAGAAGUCAACAAAUGGGUGAGUGAUAUUCAUCUUACGGUUCCUAACCCUUACACACUACUAAGGGAUUUGCCCCCAACCUACAUUUGGUAUACUGUUUUAGAUUUAAAAGAUGCCUUUUUCAGUCUGCCUCUUGCCCCUACAAGCCAAGAGAUCUUUGCCUUCGAAUGGCAAGAAGACGGUGGCCAGACCCCUGUACAGCUGACAUGGACUCGCUUACCACAGGGCUUCAAAAAUUCGCCCACGUUAUUUAAUGAGGCUCUGGACGAAGACCUCCAUGAGUAUUGGGUUGAACACCCUACCAUUGUUUUAUUACAAUAUGUUGAUGACCUCAUGCUGGCAGCGGCUACAGAAAAAGAUUGCCAAGAGGCAACAGGUGACCUUCUCCAAACCUUGGGGACUUUAGGUUACAGGGCAAGUGCCAAAAAGGCCCAGAUCAUCAAACAAGAGGUUACAUACCUCGGUUAUAAGAUAAAACAGGGCCAGAGGUGGCUAACACAGGCCAUGAAAGAAACCAUCCUCCAGAUCCCUGAGCCAGCUAACCCUAGGCAAGUGAGAGAAUUUCUGGGAACUGUGAGAUAUUGCCGAUUGUGGGUCUUGGGGUUUGCAGAAAAGGCUAGGCCCCUAUAUGAGGGGAGCAAAGAAAACAAGGACUGGAAAUGGACUGAGCCAAUGAAGAAGGCCUUCCAAGUGCUCAGGUGAACCUUGCUAGAAGCUCCUGCCCUUGCCCUCCCUGAUCCAUCUAAGCCUUUCCAAUUAUUUGUGGAUGAAAAGCGGGAGAUAGGAAAAGGGGUACUAACACAAAAAUGGGGACCAUGGAAGCGACCUCUAGCUUACCUUUCCAAGAGGCUGGACCCAGUGGCAGCUGGAUGGCCACCUUGCCUCCAUAUCAUUGCGGCCACUGCUCUCUUGGUCCACGAUGCUGAUAAACUGACUUAUGGACAGAGACUCUUGGUUUACACCCCUCAUGCCAUAGAGAGAGUUCUAAAGCAACCCCCAGGUAAAUGGAUUUCUAAUGCCUGCUUGACGCACUACCAGGCCUUGCUGCUCGACACCACACAGAUACAUUUCCAAACGCCCUGUGCUCUAAAUCCAGCUACUCUUCUGCCCAAUCUGGAGGGAAAUAGCCCCCUCCAUGAUUGUGAUGAGAUAUUGGCUGGGGUAACAGCAAUACAAAAAGACUUAACCGAUACUCCACUGGAUAACAGUGAGCUAAUAUGGUUUACAGAUGGAAGCAGUUAUGUAAAAGAUGGACAGAGACGGGCGGGAGCCGCAGUAGUAGAUGACUCUGGACAAACCAUAUGGGCUGAGGCCCUUCCCCCAGAUACCUCCGCACAAAAGGCAGAACUAAUUGCCUUAAUUCAAGCAGUAGAGAGGGCCAAAGAAAGGAGAAUAACCAUUUUCAUUGACAGCCGCUAUGCUUUUGGCACGGUACACAUCCAGGGCCCAAUAUAUCGGGAAUGGGGGUUUUUGACAGCAAAAGAAAUUAAAAAUUUGCCUAAAAUCCGUAGACUUUUGGAGGCUGUACAGAUGCCUCAGGCUGUGUCAAUAGUACACGUACCUGGACACCAGAAGGGCAACAGCCCUACGGCACGAGGGAAUUGUGCUGCAGACCUGUUGGGACGACAACUAUGUGAACAUUUACACUUUACUCAUCUGGGAGAAAAAAAGACUCUGAUGCUCUUUCAAACUGCGCGCCUGCAAUUCCCCCGGCACCAAACGACUGUGAGGAACAUAGUACAUGCUUGUAAGGCAUGUCAACAAAUGAGACCAGGAAAAGGACAACACACAGGACUGAGGUAUCGGGGAGAAGGACCGGGGCAGCACUGGGAAAUAGACUUUACCGAGGUAAGGCCAGGCAAGUAUGGUUACUGGUACUUGUUAGUCUUGGUAGAUACCUUCUCAGGGUGGGUAGAGGCUUUUCCUACAAAAGAGACCGCGAUGAUAGUGGCGAAAAAGAUUUUAGAGGAAAUAGUUCCCAGGUUUGGCCUGCCGGUGACCAUCGGCUCUGAUAAUGGGCCUGCUUUCGUGAGUCAAAUAGUUCAGAGCCUUGCCCUAGCCCUGGGGACCAAAUGGAAGUUACAUUGUGAAUACAGUCCACAGAGCUCAGGGCAAGUUGAAAAAAUGAAUCGGACCCUAAAAAAAACUUUAACUAAAUUGGCUAUAGAGACUGGCGGGGACUGGGUGACCCUCCUUCCCUUCGCCCUCUUCCGUGCACGUAAUACUCCUUAUCAACUUAAUCUGACUCCAUUCGAAAUUCUGUAUGGGAGACCUCCCCCUAUAUGUCCAAUCUUUGAAGGGAAGAAACUACCGCCUCCCACGGGUUCUGGGCAUGCCCGGGCCACCAGAGGACCAAUUGGAAGACUUGUAGGGGGGGGACAAGAUUAUUUUUGUAAAUCAUGGGAUUGUGUUACUUCUAAUGAUGGGCCUCGGCACUGGGAGGUGGAAAAUCUGGACUUGCUCAACUUCUCGUUCGCAAAGCCCACUCCCCAGGCCCUUGGGGAUCCAACUUUUAAAUGUGAAGAGAGUUGUAACUAUGCACAGGUUAAGAUAAGGUUCAAUCAGGAAAAAGCAAAAAAGGAGGGGGCUUGGAUUUCCGGCCUAUCUUGGAGAAUACAGACAAGAGAGGUGGGAGGAUUCGGAUACAUUGACGGAGGAAUUAUAGUUAUAAGCCAGAUUCUAGAGCCAGUGCAGGUAUACAGUAUAGGUCCCAACCCAAUGGAAAAAAUUGAUGUAACUCCCUACCCGACAACCUCCCUACCUAUAUCACAGAGACCAACAGAAGACCGAGAGGCAGGCUCCCUUAUUAAACUCGGACAUACAGAUCCAUUAUAG